AUGAACGAUGGACAGCCCGACCCAAUCGUGCUAACACACCUGGACCAAUCGAGACAAGAGAUCACCAGCAUGACUUUGCACAUGGUCUCGAUGUAGACUUCAGCCUAAUCAACUCUCUUGAACCUGAACUCGUGGACGCUGCAGCACUCCCUACCUAUUCGUGUGAUGACAUAAAGGUCGAACACCACCCAAAUAGUGGUAUCAAGAUGAAAGUCCACCCAUUCGAUAGUUUUCAUCGUCGUCCGGCAGCCUCUUCAGUUCAUACCCCUCCUGAUAACCAGCCUUGGUGUCCAUUCCAAUCCCAGCUUGAAUUCAACAUUGCUGAGCUCGCUCUCGAGGCUAGAUUGAACAAUGAACAAACAGACCGCCUCAUAAGAAUUUGCCUUCACAGUUCUGUUGGCAAGGAUAAAUUCACAUUUAGGAACCAUAAAGAUAUUCAUAGCAAGUGGGAAGCGGCAUCUCAUUGGAUCACCAAGGGAUCUCUGGGAGCUACUGACCUGCUUCGGGACCCCUGCCUGUUCCCACACUUCACAUUUGAUGCACAGCGCUUAUCAAAGUUUGAUGGGCAAAAUUUUGUCCACUUUGUAGAUGAACCUUUCACUGCACAAGACUUUUGGGAUGUGCAAUCGCAACUACCACCAGAUGCAAAGCCACUAGCUUUCAUUUUCCACAUGCACAACUGGGGAGAAAUCUUACAAGAAUCCUUGCACCUAUUCAUUGAACUUUACCUGAUGACUGAAGUCGAACAAGUUCAUCCAUUCUUCGAGUGCUACACUCAGUCAUAUAUGGAUGCUUCUCUGGCAAAUGCAUAUGCCCAAUCGGUACAUGCACUAACAGACAUAGACGCUGUCAAAGUGACAAUAACGACAAGGAAGGAGAGACACAUUUUCUCUUUUAUAUCCUGUUACACUUAUGGUGACGAUCCUGACGGCCUGAACCAUUUGGCAGAGUUGUUACUGUUGGAUAGCGGAGGCAGGACUCCGCGUGUAUUCAGAACGCUUCACUGGUCUGCGUGCAAAGACAUCUGUCGUGUAGUCCCAAUUAAGACGUCCGGCACUGGCAGUGGUACUACUAGUUACUAG